CACUCUGGCCCCGGAGGAGAAGGGUGGCCGUUGAAGCCUUGAAGACGCGGUGCCCUUUGGCAGACCCAGGAGGGCUCCCCCUGGACCUGAAUCGGUCCCGGGCUGUGGAGGCGGCCGGCGAGUCCCUAAGGGGUGGUCUCUGCGUCAAGGAGAGGAGGCGAUGCCAAGGCGCAGCUGAGGAGGCGGAGGCAGCAGAUAGAGAGAGGAGCAUCUGUCCUCCUUGCUCCUCCGCUCUCCUCCGCAGCCAGCGCCGAGUGUCCUCUGGCGUCGGCCCCCUAACCUUUCUCCGGCACAUCCCCUGAAGGCGGGCGGGGGCGCUCCCUGCCUUUCGCCUUUCUUUGCGCAUGGCAGGCCAGCCCCGCUGACGGGCGCUUCAGCACCAGGGAGAGCGGCCGGCGCUCCAGCACCGCGGACAGCUCCCCACUCGCCAGGCGGGACUUCAGCACCGCGGACAGCUCCCACCCCCCCACACCCGCCGGCCGAGCCUUCGCAGGGCCGGACUUCAGCACUGCGGACAGCGGCGGCGGAGAAGGCACCGGGAGGAGACCCGCCGCUGGGAGGGCCCCGGGGGAGGUGGGGGCCGGACUGCAGCGCCACCCAGCCGCCCCUCCCCACCCCGGACCACCAGCCUCCCCCGCCCCCGCCGCUGGAGCCCCCGACGCCUUGGCCUGGGGAACCCCCCACGGCAGGGAGGGCGGGCAGGAGCGAUGUGCCCCGCCUGAGCAGAAGAUGCCGCCGCCGCCGCCACCCGCCUCUAUGGCUCUCCUCGCCUGCCUCUGCCUCUUUGGGAUCCUGAGAAGGAGCUUGGGGACCGACACGGAAGAGCGGCUGGUAGAGCAUCUCCUGGACCCAUCGCGCUACAACAAACUGAUCCGUCCCGCGACGAAUGGCUCCGAGCUGGUGACGGUGCAGCUGAUGGUGUCCCUGGCCCAGCUGAUCAGCGUGCACGAAAGAGAACAGAUCAUGACCACCAACGUCUGGCUGACCCAGGAAUGGGAAGACUAUCGGCUCACCUGGAACCCAGAGGACUUUGACGACAUGAAGAAGGUGCGGCUACCUUCCAAGCAUAUCUGGCUACCGGAUGUCGUACUCUACAACAAUGCGGAUGGGAUGUACGAGGUAUCCUUCUACUCCAACGCAGUGGUGUCCUACGACGGCAGCAUCUUCUGGCUGCCGCCAGCCAUCUACAAGAGCGCCUGCAAGAUUGAGGUGAAGCACUUCCCUUUCGACCAGCAGAACUGCACCAUGAAAUUCCGCUCGUGGACCUACGACCGGACGGAGAUCGACCUGGUGCUGAAGAGCGAGGUGGCCAGCCUGGACGACUUCACGCCCAGCGGCGAGUGGGACAUCAUCGCCUUGCCCGGCCGGCGGAAUGAGAACCCCAACGACUCCACCUACGUGGACAUCACCUACGACUUCAUCAUCCGCCGGAAGCCGCUCUUCUACACCAUCAACCUGAUCAUCCCCUGCAUCCUCAUCACCUCCUUGGCCAUCCUGGUCUUCUACUUGCCCUCCGACUGCGGGGAGAAGAUGACCCUCUGCAUCUCCGUCCUGCUGGCCCUCACCGUCUUCCUCCUCCUGAUCUCGAAGAUCGUGCCCCCCACCUCGCUGGACGUCCCGCUGGUGGGCAAGUACCUGAUGUUCACCAUGGUCCUGGUGACCUUCUCCAUCGUCACCAGCGUCUGCGUCCUGAACGUCCACCACCGCUCGCCGACCACCCACACCAUGCCGCCGUGGGUCAAGGUGGUCUUCCUCGACAAGCUGCCCACCCUGCUCUUCAUGAAGCAGCCGCGGCAGAACUGCGCCCGCCAGCGGCUGCGCCAGAGGCGGCAGAACCAGGAGCGGGCGUCCGGGAGCUACUUCCUGCGGGAAGGGGCCCGCUCCUGUACGUGUUACGCCAACCCUUCCACCGUCAAGAAGUUUGGGGCAGGGGGCAGUGGCAGCGGGAAUGGCGGGGGAAGACCCUUCACGGAAACGGCGGACGGGGUCAACGGUCUCCGGGACCGGCCGGGCCAAACAGUGCCCCUGGGCCACUGCUGCUGCGGUCUCGAAGAAGCGGUGGACGGCGUGCGCUUCAUCGCGGACCACAUGAAGAGCGAAGACGACGACCAGAGUGUCAGCGAAGACUGGAAGUAUGUGGCCAUGGUGAUCGACCGCCUCUUCCUGUGGAUCUUCGUCUUCGUCUGCGUGUUCGGGACCAUCGGCAUGUUCCUGCAGCCGCUCUUCCAAAACUACGCCACCAACUCCCUCCUGCAGAUCAACCAAGGCACGCCCGGCUCCAAAUAGAGGCUGGGCCAACCUCUCCUCCACCAGCCUAAUUGGAGGAGAGAGGAGGGGGGAGAGACGGCACCCACCAGGCCCCGUUGUGGACACCGUCCCGAGGUGCUCUUGAGGAAGGGCCACGGACCCACCCCAGACCUUGCGCGAGUCCCAGCAAUGGAGCCCGGGUUUGGAAGGGCCACAGACUGAAAAGGAGGACACCGGAUGGCCCCUCUGGAUGGUGGUUCCUGCUGGGAGUGGCCCCAAGGGCAAAACCGGAUUUCUGAAUGGCCCCUGGGGUGGAUUUGGAAGGGCAGCAGGGACACAAUCCCCGAAUGGCCACUGGCCUGCAAUCCUGGCUUCGGGACGGCCCGAGGAACCCCACCCGGCUUCCCAAUGGCCACUCGAGGGCACGGGCUCCUUCCAGAGAGCCCCCUUGCCAAAUGACCACCGGACGCUUACGUGCCGAGGCGAGAGGGGGCUUGUCCAGUGGGCCCCGGGGAAGGGGCCGCUUGGGAGAAAGACCGCCUCUCCCCCCCACCCCACGCCCAAAGGCCCCGGCGUGUGCCAAUUCUGGGGUGCCAGCUCCCAACUCAGGGAAACAUAGAUAUGUACCCUACAACACAUUCACCGGAGAGCCGUGGGGUGGCGAGGGGCACUCUCCGUCAGGAAGACACAUGCCAUUUUUCAGGGUCCGGCUGGAAGCCCUGGCCCGCCUUGGGGCAGUUCAGAGAGCCGCCCUGGGGCAGGCCCGGGGAAGCAGCCUCACCCCUCCUCCCGCAGCAGAAGGAGCCCACCGGCCCCGAGGAGCAGUGAAGCAGGCCUCUGCUGACCCCACAUGGAGAAGGGCUGCAGGGGGGCGCGUCUCUUCUCCUUCUCCGUCUCCCCGACCAGAUGAUGGAUUCCAAGAUGUCCUUCUCUCUCUCUCUCUCUGUGUGGGGGGGGCAUAUGCUGCCGCAAACAACAGGGGAGGGGGCGUCCACACCAGACCACCACCACCACCACCACCUUCAAGAGAGACCAACGCAUCACCACCGUUCAGCCCAUGGACUAUUCCGCCCGCCCCCCAGCUCCUGGAAUUUGAUGCUGUCACCGCAGAAACAAUAAAACUAGGUCACUUA